AGAUAGAGACUUUUGGUUACAGUUCUUACUCGGUGCUUUAUCGCUUCAUCUGAAUCUAUCGCAGCAUUUUUCCCAUAACACUUUAGCCGGUGGAAUCAGUCGGCCGUCAACAUGCCUUUCAACACCCUUCUUACCAGGAAACUAGGCAUUAAAGUCCCUGUUGUCCAGGGAGGUAUGCAAUGGGUCGGAUACGCUGAGCUCGCGGCGGCAGUCAGCAACGCAGGCGGUUUGGGGAUUCUCACUGCCCUCACACAACCCACCCCGGAAGACCUCCGCAAGGAAAUUCGCAAAUGUCGUGCCAUGACCAAGAACCCCUUCGGAGUCAACCUAACCCUGCUCCCCGCCCUCGUGCCUCCCGACUACGCGGCCUACGCCCAGGUGAUCAUCGAUGAGGGAAUCAAGAUCGUCGAGACAGCCGGAAACAACCCGGGCCCUGUGAUCCAGCAGCUCAAGAAAGCCAACAUCAUCGUCCUGCACAAGUGCACGACGAUCCGCCACGCCAAGUCCGCCAUCAAGCUGGGCGUCGACUUCUUGUCGAUCGACGGAUUCGAGUGUGCGGGCCACGUCGGCGAGAAUGACAUCACCAACUUCAUCCUCCUCAGCCGAGCGCGCCAGGAGCUCAAGGUGCCGUUCAUCGCCUCCGGGGGUUUCGCCGACGGACAGGGGCUGGCGGCGGCGAUGGCCCUCGGAGCGGAGGGCAUCAACAUGGGAACCCGGUUCAUGUGCACGGUCGAGGCACCCAUUCAUAAGAAUGUGAAAGAGGCGAUUGUCAAGGCGGAUGAGACGGACACGGCGUUGGUGAUGCGCCGCUGGACGAACACGACCCGUCUGUUUGGGAAUAAGGUCUCCAAAGAGGCUCUGAAGGUGGAACGGGAAAGCAAGACGGGCGAAUUCAGCGAGAUUGCCCCCUUCGUGAGUGGCAAACGGGGUCGUGAGGUGUUCUUGACGGGUGAUGUCGAUUUUGGUGUAUGGACUGCCGGUCAAGUCAUCGGCAUGAUCCAUGACAUCCCGACAUGUGCUGAGCUUCUCGAGCGAAUCGAGAAGGAGGCCGUCCAGGCGUUGGAUCGGGUGAGGUCGUUGCACACAGCAACGGCACAGAGCAAGCUGUAGAAGAGCCAACCUGAUUGCUGACUGGUCGGAUUGAGAGGGUACUACAGUACACGCGGGACAUGUAUUACGUUUAGGUCUUUAUGCAAGGAAUUAGACAUCAUCU